AUGCCUGCAGCUAAAGGCAUGCCCCUCAUGAUGCCCAAUCACGUUCUGAGAGUGGGUCAAACUAUCCGCAUGGACCAGGCACAGGGGACGGUCAAUCAGCAUCCAGUCCGAACAGAAUCCAGCAGUAGCCAUGACGACAAUGAUCUCGACAUUUGCCUGGACAAUCUCAACCACCUCAUCCUGGAACUGGAUCCGACAUUUGAACCCAUCCCGGUCAACAAAAGUCCCCCAUGCAUCAGCCCUCCUACAGGUACAAUGAGUUCUAGCAGCUAUGAAGAUGUCCCCGACUGUGUGCUGAUCCCUAGAGGAUGUGCUCCUUGCUCCCCGGCCAAGGUGGUCCCAUCUUUCUCACCCAGUAUCCCCAUCCCCAGCGGUAUCAGCUGUAGUCCCCAUGGCUCGGUGAUCUUCUCCAGCUCCCCGUCAACCUCCCUUCCCCCGCUGCCUUUUGGAAGCGCACCCCGACGAAAUCCCUCACCGAGGAAUGACACACAGUGCUCCCAGGGAUCCCUGCGACUGUCACACUCAAACAGAAACAGUGCCGUCUCGCUCCUCUCCACAUCCACAUGCUCAGAUACCAGCUACAUCCUCGGCAGCAACCUGUCCUUGACCAGUGAAGAUGCUGAUUCUCCAGAGUCCAUCCACGCUCUCACAUCUGGUUCCUUCAGUGACGUGUCCAGAUCGAGGCUCUCUGAUGCCCAGCACAGUCCAGACAAACCCCCUCUGACAAAGCGAGGACAUUUACCGGAUCUUCACAGCAAAGGAGCUCACAGCAGCCCUGCUUCACUCUGUGGCUCUUUGACCGAUAUCCCUGUACUGCUAGUCAAUGGUGCACCACAGUUGGACUUUCAGAUCAGCCCUCCUGCACUAGAUACACACACCACACAGACCAACUCAAAGCCAUGUUCACCCCACAGUUUCCAAGGACGUUUUCAUGCCAGCCAGACCUCAAUGAAAUUCGUCAUGGACACUUCAAAAUAUUGGUUCCGUCCACAUAUCAGCAGAGCAGAAGCUGAUGCUCUGGUGAAGGACAAAGAACCAGGAACAUUUGUGGUGAGAGACAGCACCUCCUACAAAGGCAGUUUUGGUCUGGCCAUGAAAGUGGAGCAAGCGCCUGCCAUUUCCUCUCCAACUGCCUACCCAGGAGAAAGCAGUUCUGAUCUUGUCAGGCACUUCCUCAUUGAAUCAUCAGCUAAGGGUGUACGCAUCAAAGGCACUUCUCAAGAACCAUAUUUCGGCAGUCUCUCUGCUCUUGUCUACCAGCACACUAUUUCUGCUUAUGCGUUACCCUGCAAAUUACUGCUCCACUUCCAAGAGCUGGGCACAGGAGAACAGAGGACACCUGAUAAACCAGCACCGGAAGACAAGACUAAAACAGCCUCCAACUUCAUCUACUUGAACGCCGUCCCCACUGAGAUGCUCACAGGACCUUGUGCAGUGCAGAAGGCGGUGUCCUCAACUCUAGAGAAGGCCUCGGGUUCCUUUACACCCACCAUAGUUAACCUCAAGGUCUCUAUGAAGGGCGUUACUUUGACAGAUAUCAACAGGAAGCUCUUCUUCAGACGCCACUACCCUGCUCACCUGCUUAGCUACAGCGGGGAAGAUCCGGAGAAUCGACUGUGGCUCCGAGGUUCGAGUUUUGGUGCAAGGAUGUUUGGUUUGGUGGCAAAAGGCAUCGAAGCUGGCGCAGAGAAUAUGUGUCACGUCUUUGCAGAAUAUGACCCCUUGCAGCCCUGCAACAAAAUUGUUGAGGUUAUUAAGGAAGCCAUAGCCAAGCUGUAG